AUGGCGACACAGACUACGCCAGAUGCCGCCGGCACGGAUACUGGCUCAGGCGAUCCUGCGCCUGCCGGCAAGAAAGCUCCCCGGCCCAUGUCGAAGAAGAAGCGCCGUCAGCUUGCCGAGAAGGAACUGCGUAAUGCAGCCAAGUCACGCCGCCAGGAAGCCGAGGAGAAAUACUACAAAAAUCCACCCAAGCUUGAAGAUAUGUGGAUUUGCGAGUUUUGCGAGUAUGAGAGAAUCUUUGGCUCGCCUCCAUAUGCCUUGAUCCGGCAAUACGAGAUCAAGGACAAGAAAGCCCGCGAGAAAGAAUCAGAACGGAAGCGACUUUUGGAGAAGGCCAAAACAAAGGGCAGAAAGGCCAGGAAGCAAGCCAAGUCGCCUGCCAAGGCGACAUCAGUUCAGAACCAAACCGAGGACCAAGGUGCUCAUGCUCCUGUUGGACCCGAUGAGAGCAACUCCAGUCCUGGCGAUGACUAUCUUGACGAUUAUCCAAAUGGCAACUAUCACAACGACGAAGACUUUGAAGAUACAUACUCUCAAGACGACCCGCCGAUGUUGCUCAGCGACGAUCCAGACCAAGAGUGUACUUGCCCACAUACAACCUGCAGCGACUGCGGCGGAGACCAGAAUGAGGUGGAUGAUCCUGGCGAGGCAGUUGACUGA